AAGGAUCCACAUUCUUCAGAUUCUCCAAAUUGUGGUUCGGUACUGCACAGCUGUGCCUCAGUGCUCGUGUUCUACCCUACAUUUUCAGACAAGCAAAGCUCAAAACUAAUCAGAAAUGCCGGAAAAUAAGGGAGAUACUUCCGGCAGUGGCACCGCCACAACGAAAAACGCUAAGAAGGCCAAUCUCUUGGAUCAUCAUUCAAUCAAGCAUAUCCUCGACGAGUCUGUCACUGAGAUCGUGACCAGUCGCGGGUACGUGGAAGAUGUGAGGAUGAGCAAUAUUAAAUUAGUGCUGGGAAUGAUCAUAAUAAUCAUCGCUCUUGUUGCUCAAUUUUAUCGCAAGAAGUUUCCCGAGAACAGAGAUUUUCUGAUUGGAUGCAUCGUAUUGUAUAUUGGGUUCAACGCACUGCUGCAUCUGAUUAUGUACACAAAGGAGAAGAAUGCGAUACUCUUUACCUAUCCUCCUGUGGGUUCCUUCAACUGCACUGGUUUAGUAGUCUCUUCUAAACUGCCGAGAUUCUCUGAUUUGUACACACUAGGCAUUGCCAGUGCAGAUCCAGAAUCAAUUUCUGCAGGAAAAUCAGUCCAAUUUACCAAAAGUGUAACUCAAUGGUUCACCAAGGAUGGAGUUCUUGUGGAGGGCCUUUUCUGGAAAGAUGUUGAUGGACUAAUAAAUGAGUAUGCAAGGGAACCCAAAAAGAACAAAUGAUUUGAAGUUUGACAAAUUUUACAGGACAAACGUGAGGACAUAAGGGAGCUGCCUGCCAAAUUUAGAUCUGAGUGGAUGUUUUGGUUGAGAUCAUAGUCUGCCUUUGCAUUGAUGGAUUUUGAAUGAGAACAGUGAACUCAAAACUUGCACCACUCUGGAACCUAACGUUGACACAUCUUGUAGGUUAUAUAGUUGAAGCAUUCGCAUCAACGCAUACUUAAAAUUUGGAAUAUUAUAUUUUCAUGCAGUCCAAUGAUUUUCCAUUUUUGACACUGCACAAA